AUGGCGGAACCGCGGACCCCAGAUCGCUCGGCACUGGAGGAGUCUUGGGUGAUAGCCUCGACUACGUCUAUCAAAGACAAAGAACCCAAAGUUCACGAUCCAGCAAGCCCUACCCCGCAACCCAAAGCAGAGCGACACAAAGAUCGGAAUAAAGACCGCAACACUACAGAGUCGACAGAGUCGCUCACUUCCUCAUCAUGGACUCUGACCGGCCCAGAGCUUAUCAUGCCCUCCAUCUGCGACAUGCCCAUCUCAGAAGCGUCUUGGGUCGCGCCCGUACGCUCAAACGACCAAUCUGGUAUGAGGAAACGUCGCAAAGUAUCUCCAAAGAGAGGGCCACAAGAACAGCAGGACCCUGGCGCUGGCUCGUCGGACCCAAGCAUUGUUUCCUUUAAGCGCAAAUCACCCAGCUUGAGAUCCAAGCUCGCAAAACUCUGCCCUGUCCGGCACGAUUCCAUCCGAAUAGUCAUCAACUGCUUUCUCAUCGCCGGCAUCCUCCACCUCCUCGUCCUCCCCGAACUCAUUCAGCAAUCCCAAGACUUCUUCUGCCAACUGCCUGUACUGAAAUCAACGUAUCCCGACAGCUGCGUACGCCUGAUUCCACGCCCGUUGAACCCCUCGAGCCCGAUAAUUUCACCAGAGGAUACCAUCGUCUCCGCGCAAACCCACCUCGAAUCCAUAUUCACCUCCACAUUGGAAACCCUCUCCCCGCUCGCGCACAUCCUCAAAGAAAGCGAGUCCAUGCUCGCAGACCUCCAAUCCCAGCUCCAAUCCACCCUCCCGGACGUGCGCAAUGCUCUCGAUCUCGAAUUUCAGGGCAGCGAGCAAGCUCUCCGCGCCGCAACGUGGGAAUUCGAUUCGAUACGCGCAGAUCUGCGCUCCGCUAUCGACAGCCUGCUCUCUUCUCCACUGGCGCAGGAAUCAGGUGCUCCAUCCUUCGCGCGCGAUACCCGUCUCGCGGCACAGUUCCAGCGCCGCGCGCAGUACCUCGACCGACUGCGCGCUCAGCUUCGUUCAAAAGCCGAUUCUCUGGAUACGCGGUUCGCCACGCUGGACGAUCAUCUCGAGGCUGUAGACGGUAUCGUGAUGCGAGAAGAGCGAAGAGCCGCACUGGCUGGCGAUGUAAACAGUAAACGAGGUAUACAGUCUGUAUUGCAGUCACUAUCAAGCUAUGCUUUCGGUGGAGAUCUCUUCCGCGCACGCUCCGACUCCACGGAUGGCCAGACCGAGAACCCAAGCAACGCACCCCAACCGACCCUUGCGUUGCUCAGACUGGCCGCAACGCACCACCGCCCAGUUGCAGACUCGGUGUUACGGUUGUCACAGCAGCUGCGGGAUGCACAGCGUGGUCGGCCAGGAUCCACUUGGUAG